AUGCUUAGCAAAUUAAAUUUAGAUCAUAAAAUGUUCUUUGAUCGUUAUCAAGGCCUAUUUACACAAAAUAUAAAACAAAAGUUUUACGAAUUUUCACAUAUUGCUCGGCUACUUCGAUCGUUAGGUUCACGAGAUGAUCUAUUUGGUAACUAUUUUUCAGCUUAUACGGCAUAUAGUUCUUCACAGGACGUAUGGAACAUGUUUUUAUGUCUAAGUAAAAUCGGUGAUCUGAAUGAAAUAAUGCAAAAGCAUCUCAUUUUGAUUUUACCCCCACGAAUCGACCAUAUAUCAAUUGAAGACUUUAAACAAUAUACUAAAUUAGCCAAAGAUUGUUUAAAUGAAAUCAACGAUGAAAAGCGACCACCUUUUUUGAAAAUAUUCGAAAGAGUACUUUAUGCAUUUCUAAAUAAACAACUUCAUGAUGACCAGUAUUCGUAUAAAUUCACAGAAUCAGAUCUGAAGGAAUUUUUAAAUACCAGUCUCGAAUUGUUGGUGUCAAAUAUUCUUGAAAAUCCGUCAUAUUUACUUAUUAUUCGACAUUUAUUAUUUAAAUUAGAUAGACAAACAACGAAUAAGUUUGAAAAACUCAAGUGUCUAUUCAAAAGGUUGGAUAAUCUUAAUGAAAUUUUAUGCGAAGCAAAUGAUCCUGCUUUAAUUAUUCAAGAUGACUGGUUAAUCGAAUAUAUUUUUCGUAUUCCUCACGAUUGGUUAAAUCUAACCAAACAUAAUUAUCAAAGUCUUUGUGAAAUGCAUCACAAUAAUCGUUGGUCAAUUUAUAUUUGGUCAAAAAUUGUAAACUUGGGUUUGUUAAGAUCAGAAAUUACUAAACCGAAUGAAAUACUCGUAAAAUUGAACGAAUGGUUGACAAAAGUUAACCAUGAUACUUGCACUGUUAACAAUACUUUAACAAUUAUUUUUGUAAGAAAUAUAUUCGAAGUUAUCAUUAACAAGCAGAUCACAUCUCCAUUGUUACUUUCAAAUAUCGAAUCAAUUGUCCAAUAUAUUCUACGCAUUAGAGAAGAUGCACCACCACAUUUAAUUGAUACAAAAGCAGUGGAUAAUUUCGUUGAUAAUGUUAAACAAUCGAUUAAAGACGUCUUAUUAUUAAAUGGUACACGUAGCAUAUAUCGCGAAUUAUCGGAUCAGUCAAUCGUUUAUCAAUUUCUUCCUCAAAUCGAUUUGAAUAGUAUUUUGACUUCACAUGAUCCACAACAAUAUAAAUUCCCUGUUACAACAAAACAAAUUGAUUCACUUGUUUCUAAUCAGAAACCAAAUGAUAUCGAUAUAACCAACGCAGAAUCGAAUGAGCACUACUUUCGUAAUUUCAUAUUACAAGUGAACGUGUGGCUGCAAUGGUUUGAUAAACUAACUGACAUCUUUCAGCAUAUACUCGAAUGGCUUAAACUUUGGAGAAUGGACGGUGCUGAUCAGUUAUUGAACGAUAUUCAUAUGAUGAGGGAUGAUUCAAUUACUAUCGGUAAAAUAAAAACAAUAAUUCUAAAAAUCAUAAAAAUACUAAAACCAUUCAACAACCUUCAACGUUUUUGUGAUCUAUUUAAUUUUCUACAAUUAUUUGAAAUUGUCGGCGAUAGUGCAUUAAGCAGUCGAGAUCAGUUUCACCCUUACAUGGCAGAGCUAAAAAGUUUAUAUCCAAAUAGUAUGUUCACAGUUGAUUGUAACACUCGACACGAACAAUGCAUUUCGAUUAAUGAUCGUCGACAUGUUCAUUGGUCACUCGUAAGUACACAUCUUCAUUGCAAUAUUACAGUAGAAUAUCGAAUGAAUGGGUCACAAAAUCAAACACAAGAAUUAUUUUGUAAAAAAGAUGUUCCUCUUGAUAAACAAGUUCUACAAGGUGAAUUUAAAACGCAACGAAAUGGUAAUCUAGUAAUGAUAAUCGACAAUCAAAAUCCACACACUCAACGUAUUAUACGGUAUCGUGUAAAACAAGUUAGUUUAGCAACAUGUCAUCUAUUUCAUGGUAUUUUUAAUAUGUAUUAUCAAAGAUAUUUUAAGCAAUCGACGCAAUUAAUUAAAGAAAAUGAAUUGAGUAAAUUGAUCGAUCAAACUUUUUCGUUUGUUGAUAAACUUUUAGAUGGUGAUGUCACUUUACAACAGAUGGAUUAUCUCAAAAGCGUUUUUCAUGAUAAAAACAUUAAUAUUCGAGAAGAAGUUCAGAAAUUGUUUGCUAAUCGUUCAACUAUAAAUAAUAAACAAGAAACGACAACAACUGUUAUGUUGAAUAUUGCAAGUGAUCAAGAAAUUGAACAAGUUUGCGAAUGGCUAAAGACUUAUCAGUGCUGUAGUUAUGUCAAUAUUAUCAUUGAUUGCGUACAAAAAUUUAAUAUUAUAUCUAAUGAUGAUAAUGAUGAAUCUCUUGAUUAUCUUCAACAACUAACUUUAAAUACAAAUUGUUCUCUAAAAGAAAUAUCACAAACUAAUAUAGAUCUUUAUCAACGUUUUCAAAAGUUAACAAGUCAACAUUUACAAUUAAUUAAAACAUUCGGAGAAUGUUCAAAUGUAGUUCAGAUGAUGAAACAAUCAGAUUUAUAUUCAAUUCAUGGAUUACGUCGAUUUCAAGAAUUACGAGAUAAUUUAACAACACAAUUUCAGUUGCAAGAACGAAAUAGUAUGAUUCUUAAUUCAUGGAUUAUUACAUAUGCUUUAUGUAAACCAUUUAUUUUUCAAGUCAAUACAUUAGAAGAGUUUGUAGAUAAACUUGCUCAGUUAGCAAAUAUUGAUGAAAGCUCAUUGGAACAUAUUAAAGUUGUCAAUGACAAUAUACAGAUUGUAAAUAUGUGGUUAUCAGCAGAAGAAACAACAAUGUUAGAUAAUGCUCUUAUUACUAUGGAACAUAUAUAUAAAACAGGUUUUGUAAACAUUCAUCUUCGACGUUUAAUGAAUACACAAUCGUAUUUUGAAAUUGAAUAUUCAAUUGACAAAGUAUCUGCACCAAUCAAAGAAACAAAUGAUUCUGACAGUGAUGAACAAUUAGGAUAUGAAGCGGAUGACGAAGUUCAACAACGAGAAAAAAUUAAAUUCACAUUAUCCAUGGCUGAUAUUGAUGAUCAUAAACGUCAAUUAACAUUUUGUAAUGUUGAUGUACAGCAAAACAUGAUUUACAAAAAGAUAUUAUUAAAUGAACAAUUAUUAUUAUUAAAACUUAUCGAAAAAAUCUAUUUAAUUCUUGUCAAACUUGAAACAGCAGGCCAUCCAAAUUUUCAAUUAAGAAAAGAUAAUUAUGAAAUUCAUGAUCGAUUUGGUGAUAUCAAUAAAAUAUUAUCUGAAGUAAGAAAUAAUCAGGAUAAUAAUGAACAACAACUUGAACUUUCAAUUAAAAAUCGAACAAAAUAUUUUGAGUUGAUCUAUCGUAACCUUGAAACAGAUUAUGAUAUGUGGAUAAAAUAUUUGGAAAAAUAUCGACAGGAAAGUCGAUUGUUGAAAUUAUUCUCAAAUCAUCAAAUAAUGAUUAUGAUAAUUUUAUUAACAACACAAAAUGAAAUUCAGCGAAAGUUUCUAGAGAAAAUAUUCUUAACAGACAAUCAAAAAGAUGAACAAUUUAAAUUAACUAUUCGCUUUUUAAGUCAUUAUUUACAAUCGUUGAGAAUCAAUGAAUGUAAUUUAUCCGAAAACAAUAUAAUACAUUUAUACAAUAAGUAUAAAAUAGAAUAUGGUACUCCUACGGAUACAAAUCUAAAACAAUUAUGUCAAUUUUUAAAAGAACUAUUUAACAAUGGAAAAGAAUUAUCAACAAAAAAUACAACAAUCAAUGAAAAUCAACAAUUUCUUGUUACAUUAAAUUCAAUAGAAAGAACGUCAGAUAAAGGAAAAUUUCAGAAUGAUUUCGAUAUGGAUACAUUCUGUAUUUUGUUGAAUAUUUUUAUUGAUCGAUUACCGGCUGAUUACCAAAUUCUUUGGUGUUCCAGUUCAACUGAAGAUGAUAUUCGAUUAUUUUUUUCACGUGUACGAACAUUCCGUUAUUUAACAUUUGCCGUUAUGGAUAUGGAUAAAAUGCAUCAUCGACUUCGAGAAUUCUUAUUAAAUGAGCAAGAUUCAUUAGCAAAACAAACUGAACCUCAUGCACCAAUUUAUUAUUUUUCACGAGAAUUAACUUCUUGUAGAAAAGGCUUACGACCAUUUAUUAUAACACCUAAAUAUCGAAAUCCCUCUCAAACUUAUUCUCAAUUGAUGACAUUAUUUCGACGAAAUAAUUUUCCACAACCACAAAUUCAGCUGAUCUAUGGAACAGCUGGAAUUGGUAAAACUCAUCGAAUCAGAACAAAUUAUAAAGAUCUUGAUAUAUCAUGUGUUAGUAUUAAUGAUAAACUAAAUUUAUCAUCAUUAAUCAGUUCAUUUUUAUCAUUUGAAUCAAAAACAUUAAAUAUUCAACCAUCUAUCUAUUUCAAUAUUUCUAUUCAUGCACCAUUUGAACAAUUAAAUCGUACGCUUUUUUCUUUAUUUGUAUGUGGUUCACUGAAUGAUAUCAGCAGUGGUCUGACAUUUUCAUCAUCGAUAACCAGACCAUGGAGAUUUAUUAUCGAAAUUCCUUAUACAACUAAAUGUAAUCUCACAAUUCAAGAUAAUUUCAAACAAAUAUUACCAUUACUUUCGAUUAUAUCACCGACAACUUUAGAAGAAGUAACAGAUACUAAUUAUCAAUUAUUUAUUGGAGAAGAAGAAGAACUUGUUGCUCGAUUUCUUAAAGCUUAUGAAAAUCAAUCGAUUGAUCGACGUCUAACAAUAUCUCGUCAUGGUGUUGAAAAACCCGUAGAAUUUAAUCCAUUAACAGAUCAUAACGAAUGUCGUCAAUAUAUUUACAAUUGUAUUGAAAGAUAUGCACCUGAAAUGCCCAGAAAUAAAAUCUUUGAACUUUCAUUUACAAAAUUCCUAUAUCGUCGUAUUCGAUUUUUUACUGGUUUUUAUUAUUGUUAUAACAUGACUAUGGAACAACUCGGUUCAAUAGCUAUGGCACAAAUGAUUGAUGAAGCUAAAUAUCUUACUCAAAUAAACUUCUCUACAAAUAAUUAUCCUCGUGUUUAUCUUGUUUACGAUCCAGAAUUUUCAUUACAUUUAUUACAUAAUAAUUGGAAUAAUGUUCCGCAUACAUUAAAAAUUCUUUUCGAUGAUUAUGAUAGAUCAAGAAGACCUGAAUAUCAAGAUAACGACUAUUUUAUCAAAUGUUUAUCAUGGUUAAUUGAUAUUUCUUACGAUACAUUCAAACGAAUAAUGAAAACAACAAAAUUUAUUUUAACAGAAAAUUUUGUUUAUAAACUUUUUCAUAUUCAUGAAAGAAAAUUAACUAAAUUAGGGUUGAUUAUUGAAGGUGAAACAGGUGUUGGUAAAACUUUUCUCCUAACAUUUUAUUCUUUAUUACUUAAUGCGAAUAUAACUGAUGGUAAACUUGAUAAUAAUAUUAUUCCACGAAUUCUUGAACGUACAAGUUUAUGGUUAUUAACAGACAUUAUUAGUAAUAUUUUAGAAGAAGAGCCGAGAUUAUUAAGUUUAUUUCUUCUGCAAAUCGAAUCGAAAUUAAAUGAAGAGGAAACACAGAUCGACGAAGAAAGUGUAUUAAAUACUAAUCUGCCUCACUUCAUGAAACAAGAAGACGAUAUAGACGAAGAUCUAUUUCAAAUACAAGAUGAACCUGUUAAUCAUGAGUUACUGAAAAAAAUAAAAUUAUCUUUACAAAAUUUUGAAUAUAAUGAUACUAUUCUAAGAAAUAUUUGGAAAACAAUUAUUAAUAUGUCGAAUGACUAUGCAAGAAAUAUUACUAAAAAACUUAUUAAUGCAUUACAUAAUUUUGUAACAUUACAAUUAAUAGAUUCUCCAUUAACUGAUAUUAGUCUUCGAUUAAAAAAUCUACUGGAAGACUCACAUGUACCAACAGUCGAAAAAUCGAUUGAGAUUUUUAAUGAAUUCGUAGUUAAUACUCGAAUUAAACCAUUAUUUUAUCGUUUGCUUCUACAUCCUGGUGUCACUGAAGAACAAAUCGAAGAAUUCAUGUCACCUAUUUCUCAACUAGCUGAACAAUUACCUAAAUUUGAAUUAGUCGUCUUUUUCGAUGAAGUCAAUACAUCUUCAUGUCUUGGUUUAUUCAAAGAAAUGUUUAUGGAUGGAACAUUACAUGGACUUACUUUACCAAAAAAUAUAUUCUUCACUGCAGCUAUUAAUCCAUUAAUAAUUUCGAGAGAUAAUUCUCAGGAUGAUCUUCAAGUUCAUCGUCGUGAUUAUCUUGUACAUGAAUUACCACAAUCAUUAGAAAGUUUAAAAGUUUUCUAUGGAGUAUUAGAUACAAACACAUUGGAAGAUUAUAUUAAACAGAAAAUAGCAACAUUCACGAUUGUUUCAACAGAGGAUUCUAAAAUACAAAUGCCAUUAGAAGCAUAUGCACGAGAAAUUCUAGCUCAAUCUAUUCUUAACGCACAACAAUUCUGUGAAGAACGUCUCGGACGAAAUUCUGUCUCACAAAGAGAAAUUCAAAGAUGUUUCAAUCUUAUUGAUUUCUUUUGGAAAAUGAAAUAUGAUGAAGAUGAUGGUAUGCCAAAUCCAAUACGAUGUAUUGCUUUAUCCAUAGCAUUGAUUUAUUAUUUUCGACUUCCAACAAACGAAGAUAAUUUACAACGAAAAGAUUCGACUACUCCAUCACGUGAAGAACUCGGUGAACUUCUUACUCGAACUAUACCAGAAUUUGUUGACGUUAUACAAAAUGAGCUUGGCAAAUUUGUUAAUACUGAUAACUUUGUUAUUCCACAUGGAGUCGCUGUUAAUCAAGCUAUUCGUGAACAUAUCUUUUCAAUUGUUGUUAGUAUUGUUACUCGAACACCAUUAUGUAUAAUUGGUGCUCCUGGUCAAUCGAAAACACUUUCAUUUCAAAUUGUGUUACAAAAUCUUCAAGGCUCUCAAUUAUCAACAAAAUCUUUUUGUAAACGUUUACCAGCUAUUGAUCCAUUCUUUUGUCUUGGUUCAAAAUACAGUCGAUCAGAAGAUAUUGCAUAUAUAUUCGAUCGAGCUAUCAAACGUGAACAACAAUAUCAACAAAAUCGAAUUGAUACACGAUGUGUUGUGUUUCUGGAUGAAGCAUCAUUACCUGAUGAGAAAAAAAUGGUUUUAAAAGUUUUACAUCCUUAUUUAGAUGAAUGUAAAGUUGCAUUUGUAGCUGUAGCUAAUAAAUCAUUCGAUGCUGCUAAUGCUAAUCGAAUGAUUUGCAUUUAUCGAUCAUUACCAUCAAAAGAUGAUCAAAAAAUAUUAGCAUAUGGUUGUCUUGGUUUACAAAUCAACCACCAACAAGUGACUAACAAAAAUUCUUUCGAUGAUAUUAUUUUUGGACUUUGUCAAGGGUAUCGUCAAUUACUGACUAAUUUAAAUAUUCCUCAUAUUUUUCAUGAUCGAGAUUUUAUUUAUAUGCUAAGAGAAUUACGUUUUGAAUUAUUAACAACGACAGAAAAUCAGGAAAUAAGUAUUAAUACUAUUAAACCGAUUAGUUUAUUACGUGCAUUGGAAGAUAAUUUUAAUGGAAUAAAACCAAAUGAAUUUGAAGAAUUAGUUCGUAUCUUUUUUAAUGCUAUUAAAGAAAAAUCUCCUUAUUUUUGUUUACCAUCCAACUGGCAAAAAACUUCUCGUGAUAUUCCAACUAUUCUUCGUGAAUCAAUGAAACUUGAUUCAACACGGCGACGUCUGUACGGUCGUUAUAAAUUAAUUAUUGAUGAAUCAGAAGAUGAAAGUGCAGUUAAUCUUCUACUACAAACAGGUAUUAUCGAUUCUGAUCUUAAUCGAACAACUAUCUUCCGUAUGUCUGAUUUUUCUGAUGAUAUUAAUAAUGAACUACGAAAUGUUGAAAUCUUAUCCACCAUUAAAUUAUGCAUGGAAACAGGGAAAACAAUCUUAAUGGUCAAUACAGGUCGAAUACAUGGUUCACUUUAUGAUGUUUUCAAUCAAAACUUUUCAAUAAUGGCAACGGGUGAUAUGAGAAAGAUCUUUUCUAAAGUUGCUAUUGGUCCAAAAACCAUCGAUGUAGUUGUGCAUGAAGAUUUUCAAUGUAUUGUUCAUAUUAAACGAAGUGAAUUUAAAGAUAUUCCACCACCUUUUCUUAGUCGUUUUCAAAAAUAUUCAUUAAGUAUUAAUGAUUUUUAUCGUAUCCGAUUGCAAAAACUUCCUCAAAACGAACAGUAUAUUUUGAAGAAUGUUGAAGAAAAAUCCCAAUCAUUUAUUCAACAUUUUGGACGAGAAUAUUUUUAUGGUUUGAAUGAAAGUACUCUUUAUUCAUGUCUUCUACCAUUAAUUCAAAUAAAUGAUAAUGGAGAUCAUUCUCUAUUAAAUGUAGAUCAACAUUAUACGCAAUUAACGAUCAAAUUAAAAUCGUUUAUUGAACAGAAUCCUAUGGAUAUUCAACAAUGUCUUCUUCGAUUAGUACUAUCGAAAUUAAUUCAACUCGUUUCACCUGAAUCAAUUAUAUUAAAAUUGCCAGCAUUUGAAGAAAAAGUUGAACAAUGGUUAUGUAAUUUAUAUUUUCAACAACAAGAACAUUUUAACAUUGAAACUUUUAUUUCACAAUUAAUUUUAAAUCCUUUGAUCGAUGUUGAUAAUCAUGAAUUAUUACCAUCAAAUAAUAUAAACAUUACAACAAAAGUGAUUAUAUUUACGAGAACAUCAUCUUAUGUUGUUGGUCUAAAUCAACAAUCAAAAAAUGAAUUAUUCAAUAAUGAUAAUAACACCAGUGAAACGAUAGAAAUACUGAAUUUGGGUGUAAUUGAAAACUCUGUUGAGUUGCAAGAGAAAUUUCAUAACUAUGAAAAUGAUCGGACGAAAAAUGUAUUAAUUAUUGUAAUCGAUGCUCGAAUCGGACAGCAACGUUUACAUAUACCUUUCGUUCGGCAACUCAUUGAUAAAACAGAAUACUCUUGCAAUGCUAACAAUCGAACGAAGCCAAAGCAUUUUCUUAUGCUUUUACAUUCUCCAUCUCAAGACUUGUAUCAUCAAUCCUGUUUUCCAUCUAUAUUUUUGAAAGAUUGGGAUUAUUAUUUCUUUGAUACAUGUGCACCAGGAAGUGCAUUUCAUCUGCAAAAAAUGUUACGAAUUUUAUCAUCAUCUCAUGAUCAACAACAGCCAGCAACUGACAAUAUUCUAUGUGAUUUGAAUAUUCUUUUCGAAGAUUGUCUAUGGGAUUUUUGUUCUCGAAUUCAAAUUAUACUUCCUGAAUUACCACAAGAUAUGUUUACAAAUCAAAUGGCUUAUGAAUUUUAUAAUCGUCAAACAAAUACAAUGCGUCGUGUUAAAUGUUUAAAACAGAUACUUCAACAAUCGAUAGAAUUACAAAAACGUAUUGUUAAUAUUUAUCAUGAACAUUUAUUAACUAAGAAAAAUUCUUCGAAAAAAAUUUAUAAUUUAAUUUAUCAAAUUUCUAAAGAUAUUCUUUGUGGAAAACGUUUCGAUGGUCUCAUAGGUUCGAUACAAUCACAAACACGAAUUUCAUUUACAAAUUUUGUUUCAAAUAUUUUUAAAUUUAUUGUCAAUGAUUAUGGAUUAGAAACAUUACCAAAUUUAUCAACAGAUCAGAAUAAUUCUACUUCCUUAAUGAAUCUAAUUGAUUAUCAAUCGUUUGCUAUCAAUGAUGAUAAAGAUAUAUUUUCUUCAUCAACAACACAAGGAAUAUUUCAACUUGUGACGCAUUAUUCUUGCAUACCACAAACUCCAUUGUAUCAUUUAUUUCAUCAACGUAUCAAAUCGCAUGCAGAUGAGAUUAAAUUAACACUCAUUCUCAAACAAACGGAGAAUAAAGAAACCGAAGAUGGCUUACGUCGUGAUUACUAUACUAUUCUACCAAUAACUAUUGUCGAUGAAAAUGAAACUACUCAAUACACAUUCGAACAAUUCCGAUCGAAAUUAAUUAAUUCGAUGUUAAACGAUAAAAUCUUAACUGAUAUUAUUUGUGAACGUAUUCUUUAUUCUUAUUCAAAUGAUCUUGUUCGAACAUUUUGCACAAUCAUUGAGAAUAAUUUUACUAAUGAUAUUAUUCAAUGUCAACAAACAGUUGAAUUUGUUUCACGCCGAUGGUUAUUACUUAUUGAUGAUAAUGAUCGACAAUUACUAGAUGCAUAUCCUAAUAAAAAUCUAUGGCUUCUUGCUCAUGUUUAUACUUCGAUAGAAUAUGAUCAAAAUGAUCUUAUUUCAAUUUAUUCAGCGUGUCGAAUUAUGGAUCGUCUUGAUCCUACACGAUCAUUCUAUGAGAAUUUAUUUAAUGACGAUGAUGUAACACGUUCAAAUGUACGUGAAACAUUUUUUCGAUUAAUCUUCGAUUAUUUAUGGAAAAAUCUUUGUCAAUUAUGUUCAAAUCAUGAGAAUAGUGAAGCAUGGAUUUAUACUUACACAUUCAUUUCGAAAUAUUAUCCAUCGGAAAAAGUUUUACAAAGUAUGCAACUUAUUGAUAUUAAAAAUCAAAUUGAAUUUAUGAAUUUGGCUUAUCUUAUUUUGAUGAAUGAAAAAACACCUGAACCACAAGAAUUAGUAUCAAAUUUACUUAGAGAAACAAACUUCAAUCAAACAUCUAUUUGUCUAAGAUUAUUUCCGAAAAUGAUCGAUAUCAUUUAUCGAUAUUUGGAAAAUAAAAAUGUUGAGAAUUCGACAUUGAUGAUCGACCUUCAACAAUGGAUAAUAUCUAUAUUGAAAUCAAUGAUAGAAUUAUCUAAACAAGAUAUUUGUUUUCUUUUUAAAUAUUUGGAUCAACCAACUUGUAAAUUAUCUUUAUCAAUGAAACAAUUUCUAUUCGAUGAAUUAGUUAAUAUUACUCUCAAAUUAAAACAACAAACUAAGCAAACUUUCGAUAUAUGGGAUCGUUUAGAUUUACUUCCAAUUCUCAUCGAAUGUUUAACAAAUGUUAAUCUUCUUCAAAACUAUCAAAUACCAUAUCAUCCAUCGAUAUUUUCUCUCGAUAAUAAUCGACCUACAAUAAGACAAACAUUACUUGAUUUAUAUUUCUUUCAUCUCAGACGUCAAAUGAAUAAUGAAACAAUUACUUCUAAAGUUAUUAACAAAGGAAUGUUAUUAGAAAUUCCUAAAAUCGAAAACAGACUCUUUUUACCUCUUGUAGAAAAUCUUUUUAAACAAUUAAAAGAUUAUUUUCGCUUAAGAAUGAUUGCACUAUUAUUAUGUCAAACAGAUUUACAAAGUGAAGAACAAAACACAAUCAAUCCUAUUUUAUCAACAACUAUCAAUGAACUUUUAUCGAUCGAUCAACAACCGAUUCAAUUUAGUAAUCAUCUUCAACUUUUUCUAUCGACAAUUAUAUCGAAACAAUCGUGGAAUUUUCUUUUGAAUUUAUUAAAAUCCGAUUAUAUUCAACACUUGAAUAAACUGUGGGCGACGACUUUAUAUGAUUUACUUGAAUUAAAUCAAACAUUUCAACAGAAUAAAUCUUUACAAUUAUGUCAUCGAAUACAAUUUACAUUAUCGACAAAUAAUAAUUCAUCGAUAUUUCCAAAACUUCAUCAACCCUAUGAAGAAUUAAGAGAAAUAGUUAACAUAUGUGUUAGAGAUAAUACUAAACCAAAUCAAUGGAAAUCUUUAUCUGAUUGGAUUCAAUUAAAACUAAAUUCUGAUCCAGCUAAAUUGAAAUUAAAUGAAAUUAAAUCAAUGUUAUUAUUAAAUAUUUAUUAUGAGUAUUAUUGUAAUAAUAAGUUAACGUUAAUUAGUUCAUUAUUAGAAAUAAUUCAAAAUGUCUUACAAUUAUCAUCGGAAGAAUUUCGAGUUUUUUGUAUUCUUAUACAACCAGAACGAUAUAUGAUUGGAUAUUCAUUAGAAAACGAUAAUAACUCUAUUAAUAAUUUAUUUAAACUUGAUUGUCAAAAUGAAUUUGACUUAGGUUUACGUCAUAUGCUUGUUAAUUUAAUGGCAAUGAUUUUAUUAGGUGGUAAACAAUCGUUUCUUUGGACAUUUGCAUUUCAAUCAUUCGCUCUAGAGAAUACUUUUGGUUUUGGUUCGACGUCGAUAAAUAUUAUUCAAGGAAAUGGUGUGCAUUACGAUUGUGGUUGUAUCAUUUCACAAAAUGGUGAUUUAAUACGGUAUGCAAACAGAGGAAAUGAAAGUGUAUUGAAUGUUCCAGCAGUUUAUGUUGCUUAUUUUUCUACAUUUGGUGCAUUGGCUUGGCAUUUAUUAUUAUUUGAAACAUCCGUUGAAAAUUUACAUGGUCCUAUUCUCACACCAACGGCUAUUGCCGAUAUUACACCUACUUAUCGACUUAGUGGUGAUAGUAUUCGAGCUAAAGUUUGUAAUUUUGUUUGUACUAGAUUAUUAUCAACAUUUCAUUGGCUAUCAGUUCGAUCAAAUCCAGAUGAUGCUUGUAUUCUGUUAAAUCAUUGUUUUGAACAAAUGGCUUUUCUAACACAAAAUACCAAUUCAUGGAUUAAACCUGUCUACACGACAUUACACGAUCAAGUUAAAGCUGAAGAAAAAUAUCAAAAUGAAGUAUUUUAUUUUGUUUAUGAAAAACUAGCUGAAUAUAAAACUUAUAUUAAUCAAUUAAAUUUAAAAUCCCAAAUUCAAACAAAUCUCCAGAGUUUUACUGAUCAAAUGCCCCUUAUUAUUCAAUUUACACAUUUUAAAACUGAAUUACAUCGUCAAAUACAUUCAAAAUCAUCUCUUAAAAUUUUACGUCAUAUUCUUGAUUCUAUGGAGUUUUUAAAAAAGACAAAAUUAAUAUAUGAUCUUAGUCAAUUCUAUCUUCUUUUACAUCAAACAUACACACAAUUAAUUGAUCAAAAUGAAUUUGUAACAAUAACAUUACAACAAUUGUACGAUCGAGGUGAAAAACAUUAUAAUCAUUCUCAGUAUCAGCAAAAUCAGAAUGAGAGUAAAAAUCAUCAUUUGAUUAUUCAAAAUGGAAUCGAUGCUGUCAAUAUGUAUCAUCAAUUCGCUGAUGGUCUCAUUCGACCAGGUGCUUGUGAUGAAACUCAACGUUUUACAACGAUUACAUUCGAUACACCAGUGAAUUAUUUAGUUACUAACGAAAAUUAUGAUGAAGGAGAUAUUAUCAGGCGCAUGCUCAGUGUCUUGGUCGACUAUCACAAUAAUUUAUUGGAUCUACUCGAAAAAGAAUUGAAUAACAAUCAAACUCAUACUGUUGGUGUUUUGAAAAAUUUGAUUAAUGAAUUAACAUCAAAAGAAGUUUCGAUUUCACAAGUAGCAAAAGAUAGUACCGGUGUUAUUACACUGAACGACGAGAAUUGCUUAUGGAUUGAACAGUUAUCUCGAGCAAGUCUUAUUAAUAAUGAAGAACAAGAUUUCUUAACUGUAGAUUCACGAUUAAAAUUUGAUUUUGUCUAUGUUCAAUCACAGAUUAUUCGAACAUUUCUUCUUCUCUGUCGUAUUAACUAUCAACAUAUUAUUCAAAAAUAUCAAUGUCACACAAAACGAAAUCAAGCAACAACAACAACAAAUGAUAUAGAAAGUUUAAAUCUUGAUGAAAAAUAUUUACUUCCACUUAGUAAUGAGCAACUUGAGGGUGAAUGGAAUUAUUUAAAAGAUAUGUUAUUAGAUAAACUUUAUCAUGCUUACAAUCUUCUAAGACAAAUAGCAUUAACAUUAAAAAAUCAUCGAGAUGAUAAAUCAUCUCUUAAUCUAUAUCAAUUUGCUGAAACAAUGGAUCACGAUAAUGAUAUUCAUCAACGAUUAGAACAAUAUGAAAUCAAAGAUUUCCAACUAUGUCAUAUCGAUGAUAUACUUAAACUCUAUGCAGAAUCUAUUAGUGGCUUUCAACAUUUGUUUACCGAUAUACAUCCUCUACUUCGAAUUCCGAUUGAUACUCAAUUAAAUAAAGAGCUUAUUCGAAAUUUUGAUGCAAACAUAAUUAAAAAUGAUCUUGACAAGAUCCAAUUGACUAUUCAAACAAUUACUGAAUUUCUCAAUGAAUUAAAAACUAUUGAAAAUACUCUUCUUCAACGAUCUACUCAAUCAUUAACAGAGACAUGUCAACAUUUAGCAAUCGAAAAUUCAAUUCUUUCUUCUAUACCAGAAAGAAUAAAAUGUGAAAAUUAUGUCGAGAUUAGUAUUCAUUUAAUUCGAACACGAUCAAUUCUUCAAGAACGAAAAAUGAAUAUUGAAGUAAAAGAAAUGAAAUUAUGGAAUGAAAAUUUCAAUUCAUUCGAACAACAAGAGAAACAAGAAAAUCGUUUUCAGCAAUAUUUACAAUCAGAAGAUGAAUCUGAACAGCAAAAUACUGAUGAAUUAAGUGAUUGGGUUAUUCCUUCAAUGGAAAUAGACGAUGCAAUAAUAAACAAUCUACCUGAUAUCAAAAACAAACAACAAUUUGAAGGUUACUCCGACGAGCAUAUUGAAUUAAAUUUGAAAUUAGUUUCAAGUACAUCAUCAGCAUUUAUUCAACAGAUACAUAAAUAUCGAGAAGAACACAAAUUAGCACCGACCAUUACAACUAAACCAAUACAAAAGUUUACAAUUAUAAAUCCAGAUGGAAAAUCUAUCACAUAUAUGUGGAAACGUGAAAAGUUCUGCGAACAAUUAAGAAAAUUAUUUGAUGAUAAAAAGUACGAUCUUGAUACGUUGGUUGUUAUAGAUAAAAAUGAAAUAUUUGUUGAUUUUAUUAACAAUGAUUAUCAUCCACCUCAUCAACCUCUUACUGAAUAUCGUAUUAUUGAAAAACAACUCUUAGUUGAAAUUCAGUUUCAAUUCCAAACAACAGUAUUUAAAUAUCAAUCGACAUUAUCAAGUCACGUUUCAACUCUUAUCAAUCGUUUAAUCGAUAAUGAUCGUCUAUCAUCAGAAAGUUGUCUUUGCUUCUUUGAUGAAUAUGGUAAAUGUAUCGAUGAUGGAAUCGUCGGUGAUCUUUGUAAAACGAAUAAUAAACCGAUCACUAUCUUCGUAACAGAAGAAACAUUCGAUACUAAUAAUCUAUGUGAAUUAAUUUUACGAUACAAAGAAGGUCGAAUUCAAACGAGCUUAUUUCAUCCUACAACAAAAUGGCAACAAAUCGAUCUUUGGUUAAAAACUCUUUCACAAAUAAAUGAACCACCUAUCGAUGAUUUGGCUUUUGUUAUGAGAAAACAGAAAGUAAUUAUUGAUAAUAGUCAAACAAUAUCUUCAAUAAUCGAUCAAACUGAGCCAAUGAUAGUCGAUGCUAUCAAUAGAAAUAUUACUACGAAAGUUAUUUUCUCUUAUGAAACAAAUACUCAACUUAUUCAUACAUUAAAAUCAAUGAAAAUUUCGACUUUAUUAAAAGAUGAAAAUCUUCUACGACAAUUAAAUUUAAUUGAUAGUUUUCUAGAUGAUUGUAUUCUUCUAUUAGGAGAAACAAGUGAUGAGAUUUUGAUCACAGAUGAUGUAGGUCAUUAUUCAAUCUUGGAAAAUCAACCAGUUCAUUUUCGAAUAACAGUUGCAAUACAAAUAUUAAAAUAUGAUGAUAAAGAACAGAUUAAAAUACCUCUAUCGAAUAGAAAUACAACUAUAAAACAAUUAUUAGAAUUAACAGGCAAAUCCAUCGAUAUUUACAAAUAUUUAGCUUCGAAUGAGACUCAAAGAGUUAUUGAUGCUAACGUAAUUCUUUCAAAUAUCAAUCAGACUAGAUUUAUUCUUCUAAAAGAAAAUGAAACAUGUCUUGUAUGGAUUAACAAAUCGAAUGAAUCGCUUCUCGAAAAGGAAAAUGAAAAGUAUCAGAGAUAUUUUAUUCAUGCUACUAUAGAUGACAUUUGCAAAGAAUAUCAAAUCGAUGUUUUACAUCAAUAUCUUGUAUACUCGAAUGAUUUCGUUCCAUCCGUAGACACUCAACUAAUAUCUUUUCAAUCCGAAUCACCUGCUCGAUUUAUCGUAACCGACGACAAUUUGCCAGUUACUGUUACAGUACAGAAGAGUGGAAACAAUCAGUCAAUUUAUUUUAAUUGUUCAAUGGUGAUUACAAUCAAACGUUUACACUCUAUUUCGUGUGAAUUAUUUGGUUUAAGCGAGAAUUGUUAUCAGUUAACACUAGACGAUGGCACAUUAAUCGAAGAUGAUAUCUCGUUAGAGGAUAUGGAUGAAACCAUAACCGAUAUUCAAUUUCAAUUAAUUUCUACGAUGCCUAUGAAUUGUUCAAUUCUAUAUUCAGAACAAACAAUAACAUUACCUUGCUAUCAAGAUACACUGGCAUCGACUAUUGCCAAAGAAACACUGGAAAAACUACACAUUCAAUAUGAUAAUAUUGACAAAUAUGAAUUGGUUGCAUUGACUACUGAUCGACCUCAGAUUGAUUUUGAUUUAUCAAUUAAUGACAUCCAUCAGUUAUUUCCUUCCAUGUCUAUGAUAAUACCACUUGAAUUAAGAAAGAAGGACGAAUAG